UCAGGUUUAGAAGGAAACGCCAUUGCCUGUAAAAUACAAAAGUAUCAUUUCCACGAAGAACAUCUCACCGUGGAUUCUGUGGAAUUUGUUUCACUAAACUGCUCAAUAGUGCAUGGAGCACCAGCAAAUACCAUUUUAUGGAGCAAUGAAAAAUAUUGGCAUCCUGUGCAUUCAGUGUCGGUACCAGGUCUGUGGUCAAGCCUACAGAUACGAAAUGUCACCCAAAAGGAUGCUGGGACAUAUAGAUGCGAGGUGAAGAAGGGCACUGAUAAACAAGUUUGUGAAGUAGUUCUUUGUAAGUUAGUUUUGGUUAUAAGAACUGAUUGAUCCGCUUUACUUAAGAAAAGUGUUCUUCUUGGAUACCGUAUAUCAUGUAACUUACUUUUGCAAGUGGUGGAGUUGGACGCUUUCUCACGUGUUUUAUACUUCACUUGAAAAAGACUCCAUCGCUUGUAAAACAUUCCGUGAUGAAAUCGAAAGCUUGUGUUUCCUAUCCUGGGAUUCGAUACUUGCUUCAUUUACCGUAUUUAUUCGAUUAACCGCCCUGGGCGCUUAUUAAAUAUUUAGACCUUAGGAGUGGGCGCUUAUUCGAGGUGGGCGGUUAUUGGAGGCUGGGCGCUUAUUAAGUUUUCACCAUUUUCAGCAAGUGAAGUAUGUUUAUUUUGCAACAAAACAAUAAAUGCUAAUACAAAAAAGCGAAGAAGUAACAAAGCAGGGUUUCUGUAAAAUACUCUGAAGAAAACUCCCUCCUGUGGGAAGUCUCUUAUUAGUACUUAUUCAGUUUCAAUUUCAAUCUCAUUGUCACUCAAGUGGGUGGGGUGGGGGUGGGCGCUUAUUUCAGUUUGAUUGGAAGCAGGAGGGGGUGGGCGCUUAUUCGAGGCUGGGCGCUUAUUAUCUUUUUCUGCCGUUAGGAUGGGCGCUUAUUCGAGGUGGGCGCUAAUUCGAGGAUGGGCGCUUAUUCGAAUAAAUACGGUACUUAAAAAUCAUUAUGACGGGGUUCAGUAGUACAGGUGAAUAACCCGAAGAGGUUAAAAAUUCUUUUUGAAAUAAUAUAAUGUAAUUCCGUCAAAAGGAUGGCUAUGGAUUUCUUUCUUUCUCUUACCCUUAAAAAGGCCCUCCAAAAAUUUCUAGAACACCAGGUUACUUCACCACAACACCUCAGCUAAUUGCAGAAGGAACUGCCAAAUACGUCUUCCACUGUUAUGCCUCUGGCUGGCCAAAGCCUUCAUUCACAUGGCUGAAAAACGGGACAGAAAUUAAAGACGGUGAUGUGGACAAGUCAUAUGUACUGAUAAAAAGGUCUGGUGGCCUUGAAUUAAAUAUUCUUUCUGUGACGAAAGAAGACCACCAAGGUCAUUACAGCUGUGUGGCGAGAAACAUUUUCGGGGAGCGACGAUAUGGCAUUCUUCUUAUGGUUAAAAGUUAGUAUCCAAGACUAAACAGUUUUUUUAAGGCGCUUAAGACUCACAAUCGUUUGAUGAUCAUUACAAAAGAACCCCUCUAACCUUCUAGCUCUUUGUUCGCAAGUCUCAGUUUCUUUGUUGAUAUACAAAAGCUUCAAUCAUCAUUUUCAGCGCGUUGCUUCGUCAGAAUCAUACCGUAAAAUUCCGAAAAUAAGCCCCUCCAAGUAUAAGCCCCUCCAAAUAUAAGCCCCCCAAACCGGCAACACAAAAAACCCUCCGUUAAAUCGCCCCUCCGAAUUUAAGCCCCCAGGGGGCUUGUACUUGAAAAAUUGCCCUCAAAUACAAAGUAAAACAAAGCAAAAACGGUAAAUUUACUUACAACUAUAAGGCUAACCCAAUCGAUUUUGAAACGCAAAUUUCCUUCCGUAGAAAGCCCCUCUGAAUAUAAGCCCCUCAGAAAGGGCCUGCCCCGGGGCUUAUUUUCGGAAUUUUUUUAUUUUUUUUUUACCUUAAAAAACCAUUAACCUGAUGUUCAUUAUUUUAAACUUUUUAAAGACAAGUACAGUGUUUACCGUGUGGUAACUGAUAAUUCAAAACCUCUCAGGGAUUUAAUAAACAGCAUUCGCUGGCUAUCCAUACCAUUUCGACUAAACCCGUAAAUCAGUGUUAAAAGUAGGUGAACGGAAAGUUAUCUGUUUUGUUAAAAGUAAGCUUAGGUACAGUGUAGAUGUAAUAAGGGCAAGUUAUGUCUAUCUGAUCAUCGCUUUGUUUGGCAAUGACGGCCAAAGAUUGUAAAAUUUCAUAAACCUCUCUGUCCUUAAAGAACGUUUCGACUUCUCAUUAACUAAAUUUCAGAACAAGUUCCACUGCGACCACUUGCCCACGCACAUGUCAAUAAGGUCUCCAAAUACACUGGCGAGCCAGCCCUCCUGACAUGCGUGGGACUAUUUACUACAGAAGUAACUACAGUUAUCUCAUGGGAUUUCAAUGGGUCACAACUGAACCUGGACACGGACGAACAUUAUAAAUUGGACUAUGUGUAUUUUGAAGAGGAUAUGACGCCCAAAGUAAAUUUUUCACUUCUGAUAAAGAAAGUAACUGAACGAGAUACGGGGAAGUAUCGCUGCAGCGUUAUUACACCUGGAUGGAGUGCUUCUGACAUGAUUUUCCUAAGCCUUGUGAAACCGCGUAAGUUUACAGAUCAUGCUUCAAACACUUUAGCAAGGAGGGAUGGGGUGGAGACAGGGGGAUCAAAACUACUAACCCCCUUCCGUACCUUGCAUUUCCAGACCUCGCCCUUUUUUCUUGUCUUCCUACCAUUUAGCCUGCAAGCAACCUCUCCGCCGAUAGAUCUCUCUUCACCCCGCCGCCAGAGAGCCCUGGAGAGCUUGCUCGCAGGCUAUCCUCCCUUCAGCCCUUUUGUCGAUUGCAAAAUCUCAUGCAUUGUUGGAUAAUUUCCCCUUAUUUCUCCCGCUUCCCCUCCCUUUCAAACUCCCACCUCCCGCCUUCCCAGGCUCCUAUCCCCUGUCCUCUUCCUCACUUUGCCAUUUUGAAAAUGUUAAUGCAAAUAUUAAGGCAUCUCUGAGCCGUUAGCAGUCGACACUGUCCACCAAAUCAAUGUAAAGGAACACAAACAACCAAACAAAACAGAAAAUUAUGCCGCAUAAAAAGUUAAAAAGUUAAAGUUGUUUAUUUACUUACCCAGAUAUAUCUUAAAGCUCAAUUUCCUCAAGCUUUUUGUCAUUUUUUAUUACAGCAGAUUUUUCACAUCGGCGAAGGAACGGUAACAUUUCAUUAAUAGAAAAUCUGCUGGUGAGUGCAGCAGUUUUUUUGGUUCUAGGAACUGCCAUACUCGUUCACAGAGUGAGGACCAAAAGAAAAAGAGAUCGAAAACGUAAGAUUUUUUAUCUUGUUGUUAUUACUAAUACUAAACGGUGAUCUCGAAUUCUUUUGAUCUAGGAUUUAUCAAAGAAAAUGAUAGAAAAUCGACCAUCAGCUGUUUUCAAAAGCAGAACAAAAUGCAGACAGAUGUAAGGAUUUAUACCAAGAAUUCACUGCGUCCUUCACCUUUCGAUCAAAUUGUUGUGAUAUUCGAUGAAUAAAGAACAACCAAAAUGAGUGACAUCAUUUUUCGAGGUAUUGAGUUUACUUUCUAUUUAUCAAUUUUCUUAUUUAGUUAUUUAUUUUUGUGUUUUAGCUCACUUGGAGACAGAUGACUUUCAAUAUGACGUCUUCGUCAGUUUCAGCACCCUCGACUAUCCCUGGGUACGAGACAGCCUCACUCCAAUGCUGGAAAGAAAGCAAAUCAACUACUGCAUUCACAGCCGAGACUUUGUAGUCGGGAAAGCAAUCAUUGAAAACAUGGCGGACAGCGUGUAUAAUAGCAGGAAGGUAUUGGCUGUUAUUUCACAAAACUACCUGGCCAGUCAUUUCUGCCGUGAAGAACUGGAAAUAGCUUUGUACCGCUGUACAAAAAUGGCAGACUCUUCUCUUUUGCUGAUCCGUGUUGAUGACGUCGACAAGAAAAACUUACCCAAGACAUUGCGAAGACGAACAUUUUUGGAUUAUUCCAGCGCCAUGGAAAGGAGUGAAUGGGAGCAGAGAUUGUUGAAGCACAUUCAGGUUGAUGAGAGUGAUGCAAAGAUUGAUACAAGAAAAUCCAGUGACAAAUGUCAACUCAUAUAA